AGAAGAAAAAAAAAGGAAGCUCACCAGCAGAUAGAAAGAGAAAGGAAGAGAGAGAGAGAGAAAAACGUCCGUUAAUUUCAGUUAAAAAUAAAAAAAAACAGAAAAAAGAGAGAAAGAAUGGUCACAGAGGAAGAGAUAUCAGAAGCGGUGCGGUCUCUGUUGAGAGAAUGGAACCCUAGAAGGCAAAGCUUCACGACGUUGAACCAAGUGGUUCAGGAGCUUCAGGCCAAGCUUGGCCAUGACCUAACCCACAAGCUCGAUUUCAUAACCGCGCAGAUCAACCUCCUCUUCGGAUCCCAACAACCUCCGCCGCCGCAUCCUCCGCCGCAGCAUCCGCAGAGGCAGUUACAACAACAACAACAACAACCGCCUUCUCUUUCCAAGGACCAUUUUGCCCUUCACCAAAACCCUAAUUUCCACACUGCUACCGUCAGUUCCGCCUUCCAGAACUUCCCUUCCAACCCCGCACCGCCCGUUAAACCCGACACUUCCGCUGCCGCUGUCACCGUCGUUGCGGAUGUUGCUACCACUGCAGCUCCUCCUCCUGCUAACGAGGUCCCCAAGGAAGGUACUCAAACUAAGGCAAAGAGAAGGGGUGGCCCAGGAGGUCUCAACAAACUUUGUGGUGUUUCACCUGAACUUCAGGUCAUUGUUGGCCAGCCAGCAUUGCCAAGGACUGAGAUUGUGAAGCAACUCUGGGCUUACAUAAGGAAAAACAAUCUCCAAGAUCCUAGCAACAAAAGGAAAAUAAUUUGCAAUGAUGAGCUGCGUGUGGUGUUUGAGACUGAUUGUACUGAUAUGUUCAAGAUGAAUAAGUUGCUAGCUAAACACAUAAUUCCCCUUGAACCAACCAAACAGCCUGUUCCAAAGAAGCAGAAGGUAGAUGUGGAGUCGGGAACAAAAAGUGCUGAGCCUGCUCCUUCUGUAAUAAUAUCAGAUGCACUUGCUAACUUUUUUGGCAUUACUGGAAGGGAGAUGCUACAGUCAGAGGUUCUGAGACGUAUCUGGGAGUACAUAAAGGUUAACCAGCUAGAGGAUCCUGUGAAUCCUAUGGCAAUAGUGUGUGAUGCAAAGCUUCAGGAGCUCUUUGGCUGUGAAAGCAUUUCAGCAUUGGGGAUACCUGAAGUUUUGGGCCGUCAUCAUAUUUUUAGGAGAUCAUGAUGCUGACAACAUUCUAUGAUUAUGCGGUGUUAAUUCCAGUAUAGUACGAGCUGAUCUUGACCACAUGUUGAUAUGGUUCUGUAAUUUAACUGCUAGAUUUGUGUUCUUAGUUCGUGUUGUUAAGAUAUUAGAAGAAUGAAGAUGUAACAGGGACAAAUUAUAUUUUGGGAGUGGCACUGUGCUUGUAGGUCCAGUGGUUGUGGUUUGUCUAACUUGCAAUUAGGUUAGUAUGACCUGUGGGUAUUCUGACGACUGUAAAAUGCUGACAUAGGAAAGAAAAUGAUGUACAAGUUAUCUUCCUUCAAACAUGACUCAUGCUAUUUAUGUGUAGUUAAUGAAAUGCAGCUUGCCAGAUGUACAUAUAAUAUUUUCAUUUAAGAG